UUCACCUCUCCACCGACUGAAUGUCCGGCCCGAACGAGGAUUUGCACGAAAACAUCAACCGCAGACUGCGUAUCAGUACCAGAGGGGGAGCAGCUCUACGACGAACAGGACCUGACGCUAUUCAUCCAGCGGCAUGACAACCACGUCGAUGGCUUUUCCGAAGUUUGAUAACGUUCCGGUGGCCCUGAAGCGAGACGUUAGAAGCGCGAAAAAGAUUUAACGGCAAUGACCGCGCUAUCACUUGUUUGAUAGAAAGACAGAGAGGGGGGGCCGAAGUGGACUCCCUCCCCCUCAGUGAAGAGCCGUUCCGCCCGAUGGAGACUGUGACGGGACCUCUGCAGCGAGCUCGAGGCCCGGAGCGUCACCUGUGAGACGUCGACACCUCGCCGGAGGACGUAAUUAAGAGAGACACGCGAACAUCUGUCCGCACUUUCGACGACUUUAUUUGACAAGUUCUGCCCAAGCCUGCACGCUAAAACUAAAGUUAGCAGCUCGGCGUUAGCUGCAGGAGGCGACCCCGCGCACAAGAUGACCAAUAUAGAUAUCACUUAACGAGGGGUUACGCACUGCCUCAGGUAACCUCGGGACAGGUGAACUGCGCACUGUUAAAUGGCUUUGUUCUAGAAAGCAUACAUCAGCAACUUGCGUCAGUCUUUACUGUGAGAACUGAUUUUUCCCCCCUCAAACACGGACUUUUAAAAUAAGUCUUUUCUGUUUUUUCCUCAUCGAGUGUCGCUCCCUCAAUCAACCAUGUCACUCAAAGACAAUCCCUGUCGGAAAUUUCAAGCCAACAUUUUCAACAAAAGUAAAUGCCAGAACUGCUUUAAGCCCAGAGAGUCGCAUCUGCUCAACGACGAAGACUUAAACCAGGCAAAACCUAUAUAUGCAGGAUGGCUGCUCCUGGCACCGGAGGGAACAAAUUUUGACAAUCCCUUACACAGAUCUCGGAAAUGGCAGAGGAGGUUCUUUAUCCUCUACGAGCACGGCUUACUUCGCUAUGCUCUGGAUGAAAUGCCCAGCACGCUUCCCCAGGGUACAAUCAAUAUGAACCAGUGUUCUGACGUCAUCGACGGCGAGUCCAGGACAGGUCAGAAGAACUCGCUGUGCAUCCUGACCCCUGAGAAGGAGUCCUUCAUACGGGCCGAGUGUAAAGAAAUCAUCAAUGGGUGGCAGGAGGCUCUGACUGUGUACCCCAGGACAAACAAACAGAACCAGAAGAAAAAACGCAAGGUCGAUCCACCCACUCACCAGGGUGGAGUAACUCCAAGACAGUGUUUUUCCACUGAGGACAUGAAUGGGCACCCAGAGCCCGGCCCGGCUAAGGUAACAGUGACCAGCAGCAGCAGCAGGGGCAGCAUCCCAUGCCUGCCCAGCAGUAUCGCCAGCGCCGAGCGGGUGCCAAUGAGCCGCGCCACUCUGUGGCAGGAAGAGCCCCGCUGGAGCAGGGCCACCAUCCCCUGCAGCCGCAGUGCCUCCUGUCUCAGCCAGCUGGGCCACAGUCAGCCAGACUCCAGUAUCACUACUCAAGAUGAUGGUGGCACUGUGAGCAGUGGACGUAAGGUACGAGUUGAGAGUGGGUACUUCUCCCUGGAGAAGACCAAGUCGGAGCCUUCUCCACAGUCUGCACAUCAUUCACAGCCACCCCAGCAUCUGCCCCUCUCCUCUUCAGCAUCUUCCUCCUCUAUAGGAGCUCCCAGUUCCAGGUACAACUCUGAAUCAGAACCCCAGACUUCCCCUCAUCAACCCUCCCAAGACCCUCUCCCCUCUCCAGGUUCACUUGUCUCCCCAAGCUACUCCACCAUCAGCUCUUCUCAGAGCUCUCUGGACUCUGAUCCCAGUGGAGCUACAUCCACUUGGGAGGGGCACAAUGGUGGCGGGGGCGGCCGAGUUGGCCGUUCCGGCAGGGAGUACGCUGCACUGGCAGAUGUGCCCCGGGCCCGCAGACUGAGCUACCGAGAAGCUUUCCGCUCAGAGAAGAAGCGCCAAGACCUGAGGGCGCGGACACGGAGCCCUGGGAGAGAGGAGGUGGCUCGGCUGUUUGGGGAGGAGCGCAGGCGAUCUCAAAUCAUUGAGCGGUUCGAGGAUGGUCAGCAUGUUGAGCGCAUGGAGACAAACGGCUCUGAUCCUUCUGCUAACUCCGUGCUGAUCCAGAGACAGGGACGCAGCGAGAGACGUUAUUUGGCUAAUAAACAUGAGAUGUCACUAGAUUCAGCAAAGGACCGUUCAGUUCCUGAUGUAUCCAGCUCCACUUUGGCCAACUUAAGAAGGGCCAAAUCAUUGGACCGCAGAGUAACUGAGUCCUCGAUGACUCCCGAUCUGCUGAACUUUAAAAAAGGAUGGAUGACAAAGCUAUAUGAAGAUGGAGUGUGGAAGAAGCACUGGUUUGUCCUGACAGAUCAGAUUUUGAGGUACUAUAAGGAUUCAAUAGCUGAGGAGGCUUCAGAAAUGGACGGCGAGAUUGACCUUUCUACGUGCUACGAUGUCAAAGAGUUUCCCGUUCAAAGGAAUUACGGUUUCCAAAUCCUGUGUAAAGAAGGAGCGUGCACCCUGUCAGCGAUGACCUCUGGAAUCCGUCGUAACUGGAUUCAGGCGAUCAUGAAGAACGUGCGACCCACUAUCGCCCCCGAUGUCACCCGGAAAAACAUCCCUCUGAAACUAUCGGUUCUGAAGCCCAGAUCACUCCCUGAUGAGAAGAUAAAAUCUCAGGUGAUGUUGGACCCAUGCCUACAGGUCACCCCUGAUCCAAGCCAUAGUCCAGAAAUCCCCAAGUCUGAUGGGCAGAGGCAGCCACUUGGUAACAAUGCCUCUGCCCCUGCCUCCGAGCCACGCAAAAGCAGAGUUCGUGAGCGCAGACGAGAGGGCCGCUCAAAAACCUUCGACUGGACUGAGUUCAAAAUGGAACAGAAGGAAAAGCCCGUAAAAGAACGAGCAGACACAGUUGACCUCAGCUCAUCGUUCUCCACAACCUCCUCCUACUGUUCUGCCUCCUCUUCUCCCUCCUCCUUGGCGUCAUCUCCGGUCUCUUCUUCCUCCCUCCAAACCUCAUCUGCAUCAGCUGCUCACCCACCUUCAAUUACAGAAGAAGCAGAAAAGGAGAACGUUAAUGGGGGAACUAGCAGUACAGCUCGCACACCAAAUACUGUUACUGUAACUGUGAUUUCAACGCUAAAUGCUACAUCACCAGUACAGCAACCAACACCUGGAAUCCAAGAGCAAGGAAAGAUGGAAGUGGAUCACCCUGCUGCCAUUAGUCCAGCCAGUGAAGACAAAGACAGCAGAAGCUCAGAUGUUCAGGAUGAGAUUGAGCAGCGAUGGCAUCAAGUGGAGACAACACCAUUAAGGGAAGAGAAGCAAGUACCGAUCACCACUGCCUUAGGAAACUCUGAGAGACUGCCAGCGCAUGAGCUUGCUGCUCUGCUAGACAAAGAGUUGGGACAGAAGCAGAAGGAGCUGGACCAACUGCAGAAGCAGAACAACCUCUUAAAGGAGCAACUGGAAAAUGCGCUAGUGAGAGAGCAAAGUGCCAGGGAGGGCUAUGUACUGCAGAGCGCAACACCUCCUACGUCUUCACCGCACAGAGUGCCAUGGCAACACUUGCACAGGCUUAAUCAAGAUUUACAGGGUGAACUGGAGUCCCAGAAGCGCAAGCAGGACCUUGCACAGCAACAGAUCCGGACAUUGAAGAGAAGCUACACCGAAACCCAGGAUGCCGUAGAGCGCCACGAGUCUGAUAUUCAGGCUUUGCAGUCUAAACUUGCAUCUGCAAUGGCGGAAAUUUUAGCAAGUGAACAGGCUGUGGCCCGGAUGCGGAAUGAGCUCAGGCUAGAGCAGGAGCGCUCAAAAGAACACGAAGAAGAAUACAGUCAUAGUGAGGCUACCCUACGAGCCCAGCUGAAGGACAGUGAAGACAGACUCCGUGAAGUAGAAGCUAACCUCCUGGAGAGAAACCAGGCCCUCAGGCAGCUGGAGCGCCAGCAGGCACUGCAGCGAGACCACGUGAGGGAGAUACAGAGGUUGCAGGAGAAGCUGCAAGAAGUGACUGCUCGACUAACUGCUACAGAAGAGGGUCAGGCGCUGAAAGAAGAGCGCCUUAAGCAGGAACAGCAUAGCAUGCAAGAGAGUCAUGAAAGAGAGAGACAGAAUCUGUGCAAAAGAUUAGCUGAAGCUGAAACUGCACACAAGGAAGUAGAGGGCAGGCUGUUCGAGGCUGAGCAGCAGGUAGAGGCCUUGUUAAGGGGUAGGCGGGCCUCAGGAGGUACAGAAUGCAAGCAGGAAAUGCUGAAGUUGCAAGAAGAGCUGGCUCAAAAGGCUGACAUGGUUGAGUCACUGAAGGAAAGUGUCCGUAGACUAGAAGAAGAAAAAGGACAUCUUACGUGUCGUUGUCAGGAACUCAUCAACCAGAUUGCUGAAGCAGACCGUGAAGUGAACAAGCUUCACACUCGACUGGAAACAGAAGAAGCAGAUUACUACACCUUGGAGCAUUCAUAUAAGAGGGCUACCCAAGAGUUUCAGAAAAUGAGCCAGUUCCUUCGAGAAAAAGAGGAGGAGAUCCGGCAGACUAAGGAGAUGUACGAGAGACUGAUGGAACGCAAGGAGGAGGACCUAAAAGAAGCACUUAUUAAAAUGACUGCACUUGGCAACAGCUUAGAGGAAACUGAGCUGAAGCUGCAAGCCAAGGAGGAGCUUCUCUGUCAAAUGACUCAAAGCCUCUUGGACAAAGUUGAGCCUUGUAAUGCUGAGAAGGAUCUGCAAGCCAAGCUUGUGGUUGCAGAGGACCGCAUUGCAGAGCUGGAGCAGCACCUCAAUGCCCUACAGCUGGGGUAUGCUAAUCUACACAUGGAAAGGCAGCAAAUCCCAGAACAGAGUGAGGAGGAAAGAACAUCACCCUCCUUGUUAUCAAACGCAGAGCUUUCUUUAGACAAUACAUGCACAACGGAGAGCUCCCCAGACGAUAAGGAGUCUCAAGCUAAGAGACCAAGGAUACGUUUUUCUAGUAUUCAGUGUCAAAAAUAUGUCAAUUUCGAGGUCCUGGACACUAGUCAAAAAAUGAAUCAGGAUGUAGCUGAAGACAUUGAGUUAACUGAAGGAACAGCUACUCCUGACUUCACAGCCCCACAUGCUAAUGACCCAGAGAAGUUUAUCUCUAUCAUACAUGCUCUUGAAACGAAACUGCUCGCCACAGAAGAUAAGCUAAGAAACCUUACACAAAAUCUGGAUAGGCAACGAUCCACCCAAGCAGAGGACUUGUCCGAUAUAGAUUUAAAGAUCAGCGGAAAGGAUUCUUGCCCAGAGAAAGAGACUAGUGAUGCAAGUGGUAUACAGAGUAGUGCUGGCAUUAAGCAUUGUACCAAUGCCCUUGUAUGUCUGGAAAAUGGUCGAGAGAAAGUUAGGGCUAUUCUCAGUGGCUCACAUGAAACCGAUACACAGCUGCACUCAUUGUGUGAGAUAGAGAAGGAUUUGUUCAAUGCAUCGCUGUACCUUCAACGGGGACAAAAGAUGUUGGAAGAGCAAUCACCAGCUUUCGAUCCAAAUCAAACCCCAGAGACUGUAGAUAAAGAGGCAAUGCACCUUUUUGCCAAAACGUUGUCCUUUGAGGCGAUGGUUUUGAACAAGAUGGCUUUGUUAAUACAAACGUCAAAGUCUGACCUCCUGCAGGCUCUUACUGAGAUCUGGGAGGACAUUGAGCACAUUAAAAGGAGUGACAAAGACUGCUUGGCUGUAGUUUAUGCCGAUGUCUUGACCAGGAAGCUGAUUUUAGAAAGUGGGUUCUGGAAAGAACUUGAGAAAGCAGAGACGGAUGUUGCUAAAUCCAAAGAGGGUGGUGUAUUAGAUGAUGUAGAUGUUGAUGCCAAAGUUGCCUUCAACAACUUCAUUAAAGCAGAAUUAGCCUACUCAAUUCAAAAUCUUAAGCUUUGCUAUGAGGAGAAAUUCAAAAUACUUAAAAGGGAGCUAGCUGUAGCUCAUAAAAACCUCUAUGAAAGGGAAAUGGCUUUGAAAGCAAUUAUUGAAGCCUCUAAAAGGCCUGAUUUGAAAACUGUCAUAAAAGAAGUCAAAAACAACUUUGGAUUCAACAAACAAAAGCUGGCGGACAUUCACCCUCCCGAGCUUGCUCCGUACAUGGAGCAGAUCGAAAUAGAAGAAGCUAGAGACUUGGCUGAGGAAAUCGUAGACAGACACUUGGCUGGUGAAAUGCCCUCUUGUGGCAUUGACUCUGUUGAAUCACUGCAAAAUGCUCAUGAAAGCCUGGCUAAUGAACUUCAAAGACAAGCAGCGAUCCUCCACAAGUAUGCCCAAGAACUAGAAAGUGGCGAAAGCAAUCCCGGACUGUCUAAAAUGAUCCGACCUCUUCUAGGACACCAAACCUCACAUAUUUUCACAAGUACCUCUCUUUGUAUGCGUGAAGCCCUCACCCAGGCUCAAGUGGCAUAUGUGGCAUGUAGGUUACGGGCCAUGCAUGAACAAGAUUUGGGCUAUUGUAAACAGACCAGUCAAACUAUGGAUGAUCUCGUGCAGCAGCAUGCACGCAGUGUCACAGCAAUCCAAGAAAAAUAUGAAGAGUCUUUACAAGAGGAGCGCCGGAACUUCAAGCAAAUGGUGGAAUCUCUCCAGAAGGAAAAUCAGACUCUUAAGAGUGAGAUUAGCAAACGUGUGAAUCAGCUCUCACAGCAGCAGCAGCAAGUGGUCUUCUUAGAGAAAGAGUUUCAGAAAGAGACGGAAGACCUGAAGCAGAAGCAUCAAAGGGAGCUGAGCCGAGCAGAACAAGGCUGUGCCUCAACAGAGCUGGCCCUCAUGGAAGCAGCAGCUGACAGUCAACAAAAGUUAGAGGUUCUGCUAGCAGACAUGGACACAAUGGAGGAGAGGCACGAGAGUCAUUUGAGGAAGCUCGAGGAGCAGUUUGAAAUGAGGGUUUGCGAGCUCCAGCAUAUCCACAAGGACAACAUCGAAAAGUUACGUUCAGAGUAUGUGGAGAACAUUCAGAGUCUCAAAGAUCACCGACCUUACGAUCAAAACCCUGAGGUCUCACAGCCACCCGAGGAGGCCGCUACGCCAAUGGAAGAGGAAGAGCAGGGAAAAGGGGAUGAUGUACAGCACAUAUCAGAGGUCGACUCCAUGGUGGUUCUGAAAGACCGCAUUCAAGAACUGGAGACUCAGAUGAAUAAUAUGAGGGACGAACUGGAGAACAAACACCUUGAAGGAGAUGUGGCCAGCCUGAGAGAGAAAUACCAGAGAGACUUUGAAAGCCUCAAGGCCACAUGUGAGCGUGGCUUUGCUGCAAUGGAGGAGACACACCAGAAGGUGAUCGAAGACCUCCAGAGGCAGCAUCAGAGGGAGAUUUCCAAGCUCAUGGAAGAGCGAGAGAGGCUAUUGGCUGAGGAGACGGCUGCCACGAUUGCUGCUAUUGAAGCUAUGAAGAAUGCGCACAAGGAGGAACUGGAAAAAACCCAGCGCUCCCAAAUAAGCGGACUGAACUCUGACAUUGAUGAACUACGCUUACAAUACGAGGAGGAGCUGCAGUCCAUCCAGAGAGAACUGGAGGUGCUGUCAGAGCAGUACUCUCAAAAAUGUCUAGAGAACGCUCACCUGGCUCAGGCGCUGGAGGCCGAGAGGCAGGCCCUCAGGCAGUGUCAGAGAGAGAACCAGGAGCUAAAUGCACACAACCAGGAAUUAAAUAACCGGCUGACUGUAGAGAUCACUCGGAUGCGCUCCUGUUUUAGUGGGGAAACUGCUCACUCAUCACUUUCCCAGGGCAAAGAUGUGUAUGAACUGGAGGUAUUGUUACGAAUAAAGGAGUCAGAGAUCCAGUAUCUCAAACAAGAAAUCCACUCUCUGAAAGACGAGCUACAGUCUGCUUUAAGGGACAAGAAAUAUGCCACAGACAAAUAUAAGGACAUCUACACAGAACUCAGCAUUGUAAAAGCAAAAGCAGACUGCGACAUCAGCAAACUGAAGGAGAAGUUGCUCAUUGCCACAGAAGCUUUAGGUGAGAGGACUGUCGAUGGAACAGUUACAUCUGGAUAUGAUAUCAUGAAGUCCAAAAGUAACCCAGAUUUUAUGAAAAAAGAACAGUCGGCGAGCUCCAGGCAUUCACGAGGUUUAAGGUCAAAGAGCCUGAAAGAGGGACUCACCGUGCAGGAGCGCAUGAAGCUUUUUGAGGCAAAAGAUUCCAGAAAGAUUUAACCUGAAAAGUUUUUUGCUUUUUUGUUUUUUUUCUCUUACCUGCCUUCUGUUUUUCUUUGUUUUUUUACGCCUGCCGUGCCAUCAUGGGCUGAAGAUGUUGGGGUGACAUCUGAGAUCAAGGACUUUAAUCUAUCUGUUCUAAACCUCUUUCACGUUUUAGCUCGAUCUUGUCUCUUGUUUUAAUUCUUAAAGUACAUACACUUACGAUCAGGCCAAGUUGGAGUCGUGUCAAACGCGCUGUGAGAGAGAUUCGAUUACAGCUUUUCUGUUGAUCCUCCAAAAUGCCAAAACUGACAGCAAUACAUGAUAUGAAUAAUAUAUAAAUAUAAAUAUAUCCCAAUAUUGAAUUAAGUAUCUGCUGUAUUUUAUUAUUGUAAUAGUGUCUAUAUCUAAUAAUUUUUAAUGUGCUUAAUGUUGCACCAGUUCUCCUGUACAUAACUACUGGACACAUGUAGACUAUGGUUUGCUAUUAUUGUUGGGGCAUCUGCUGUACUAUUUGAUUGAUAUUGGAAAACAAUGUGAUGCUUACCUUGGUAUGAUGUAUGCGUGUUUUAUACAACGGUGUGUCUGUGUGUGGAAGUGGGGGGGAGGUGAGAUUGCACUUACCUUUUGACUACUUGAGGAGGCUUGUUUUUAUUCGUCUCAGAAUCGGUGUAGUGACUUCCAGUCGAUUUAUUGCAGUGCAACCAAACAUGCUGACUCGCGUCACAUUAGGUGACCAGCCAUGAUUUGUUAGCGAUACUGGAAUUUAUUUCAAAUUUCUUAAAUUCCGACUUUGUGUUUGCUUCAGUGUGAGAAUUAUCAUCUCCUUAAACCUGAACCUGUUUUUUGGAUUUGCAUGAUCACGUUGCCUCCUUUUCCUACUCUUUGCUUUAGUGUGGCGCUCGAGACAAUUAUAAGCUUUGCUUUGCAAGUCCUACUGUUGAGAUGCUGAGAUUGAGAUGUUUUACUGUAAGUGGCAGUCUUGAAGCACUUGGCCCAGUCCCUGACCUCUUACUGAAAUCUAGUCGUGCCUCAACUGAGUGAAGAAUAUAGACAUCCAUGAAACCUGUGCAGCUAUGGAUACACACUGUAUAGUAUUCAAACCACGCCUUGUGUAUAUAAAUAUAUGCCACACGGAAGACUUCUGUGUUUUGUUUUAAACUUGUACCUUGCUCUCUAGCUCUAUAAGAAAUAUAUAUGAAUAUUUUUUAUUUUCAUUUGAAUGUAUAACGUCAAAUAAAUGAAGUGUUUAAAAAA